AUGGCAGGACCCCGAGCUGGUCUCAAGUUGCUCUUCCGAUCGGGGCUCAAUAACUCCCCAGCAAAUCACUACACAAGAGGCCUCUUUCAAAUAAAUCUGGCAUCAGCAUGCCGAAGACGGCAGAGCACUUUACCAAAACAUCAAGUCACCAAAGAAGAAGCUCCUGCGUCGAAUCACACUGCCGACCUGUCACAUCUAAAUCCAGAACCGGAGGACUACUCGCGGUUCAUCUUCCAAGACAAAUGUCAUGUCACAGUACAUGCUGGCCCAGGUGGAAAUGGAUGCGUCUCAUACCUGCGAGAAAAAUACAUCGAAGAGGGACCUCCAAACGGCGGUGAUGGUGGCAGCGGAGGCGGGAUUUACAUACAAGCUGUUGAGGGGUUGACAAGUCUACACAAGCUGGCACGCAGGGGAAUUAUUAAGGCCGGCCGGGGAAAGAACGGCCAAGGGAAGAGCAAGGGAGGAAAGAGGGGUGACGAUGUGCUUCUACAGGUGCCCGUCGGGACCGUGGUCCGCGAGGUUGAACGACACGACCCUGUCGCAGAGGAAAUUGCUCGGAGACGAAGAGCUAAAGCCGAACCUGUUGACGAAGAGGAGGCUGAGUUCACGCCCAUCGAGUACCAUCGGUGGAUGCUACAUCCUGGCGCUAACCCGUCUGACUUUCUAACGGUCAAAUUCCCACGACUCAAACCACGAAGGCAAGCCAUCGCCGCUAUGGAACCAAAAGCGCCCAUAUAUCUCGAUCUCAACCAACCCAUGGAUAAGCCCAUGCUCCUUGCCGCAGGAGGUGCUGGUGGGCUAGGCAAUCCGCACUUUGUUACUCGAACAAUGGGUCGGCCGAAAUUCGCUUCGCGGGGCGAAGGCGGCACAAGGCUGGAACUUGACUUUGAGCUCAAGUUGCUUGCAGACGUUGGACUAGUAGGAAAGCCCAAUGCGGGGAAAAGCACGCUGCUUCGGUCUUUGACUAACAGUCGCACUCGUAUUGGAAAUUGGGAGUUCACCACCCUCUCUCCCCAUAUUGGAACAGUGAUCGUUGACAAUAAUACGGGCCGCCGUCUUGUCGAUUCUCCAAAUGGCACCCGUCGAACUCACUUCACUAUUGCUGAUAUUCCCGGCCUGGUAGAAGGUGCUCAUCUCGACCGAGGUCUUGGACUUGGCUUUCUUCGUCACAUUGACCGGGCUGGAAUCUUGGCAUUUGUUCUCGACCUUAGCAACGGCAACCCAGUGGAAGAAUUACAAAAGUUGUGGCAUGAGCUUGCAGAAUACGAGCGCCUUCGAAGUCUUGAACCCGCAUCUGUCGCUGAGGAGCAGACUGGUGUGAUUGACUGGGAGCCGUCUGACUCCGGGCUUCCGGAGCUCAAUCGGCCACGCCAGCGAGACAUUGAAAUGGAAUACUCUGAUGGGCUAGGUUCAGGACAGCCUCUAAACUAUCAGUCUUCUGGCUCCUUGCCUCCACUCACUAUGCCGCCUCUCUACACAAAACCAUGGUUUGUUGUCGCUACCAAGGCGGAUCUGGAAAGUACCCAGGAGAAAUACCACGCUCUACAAAGAUACCUAUCAGAGGUUGAGCAAGGCACCACCAGCCAUCCGUCAGGAAUACAAGAUGGAUGGAGAAGCAGGCUGACAGCUGUUCCAGUCAGUGCUAUCAACGGCGAGGGCGUUACUCGCAUUCCCAAGCUGGUGAUGCAAUAUCUGUCGUAA